AUGCUCACUCUAAUGUUGUUGCCAUUUCCACCACUUUCCACUCCCUCCAGCGACAUCAGCAACAACAGCUUCUACGGCCCCAUAAACAGCAACUUCCGCAGCAUGAUUCCUGACAACGGCGCUCUGCUCAACAUCGCAGGCAACUUCUUCUACGGCGACCCCAUGCUCUACGCCGAUGGCUGCCAGUUCUGCCCCUCCAAUGUCACCCAGUCUCAUCUCUUGGACUUAUCUGAACUGGGUUUUCCUGGGAAAAGUCGCUGUGCACUCCGUUUCAUGCAAGGCUACUUAACGGACAUAGCUCAAACAGCAGACAAGCACGGUGAGGCGAGUCUGCGCGGUAAUUGUUUCACAUUAAACAAGCAGAUGGAGUGCACGGCGAAUGAGACGCAGUGCAGCAAUGACGAGUGCCUGGCAUUCUGCAGCUUGUCGCGGGAGCUGGGGCCGUGCGACAGGCACGGAGCGUGUGUGCCGCCGCAGGCGGGGGCGGCAGAGGCGCGCUUCACGUGUGAGUGCGACGACGGCUUCGUCCCCACCAACGGCACCCUCGGCUCCACCUGCGCCCGCCCUGCUCCGCCCCCUGCUGCAUGUAUGCUCUCGCUCUCCACGGGCGCAGUGGUGGGCAUCGCUGUGGGCUCUGCUGCUGCCUUUGCUCUCCUCCUCGCUCUCGUUGUCACGUUGCUCUGGCCCCGCCAACGCAGUGCGGGCGUGGCGUCGCUGCGGCAUGAGAACGAUCCCUUAACCCCUUUUCUUCUGCAUGAGAACGUACCUUUCAACUCCCUCUUUUCUUCUCCUUUGGCACCCCUCUAUCCCCCCGUGCGUCAGGUGAGGGCGAUGGCGUCACUGCGGCAUGAGCACGUGGUGCGCCUGUUGGGCUUCUGCCUGCAUCAGAACGUGGAGAGCGGCCAGCAGGAGCAGAUCCUCGUCUACGAGUUCGUGCCCAACGGGGACCUCAAGUACCACAUCCACGACUCCAAGAGUAAGCCUUGUGAAGAAGAGAAUCGUUGGAGCAGCUUUGGCGUGGUGCUGCUGGAGCUGCUGACGAGGCAGAAGGCAGCCGUGGAGGGCACCGGCAGCCACAUCAGUGACUGGGUGAGUGCAGCCACAUUAGCGGCGCGCAAGGUGCAGGUGUACGAGUUGGGGGAGCUGAAGGAUGCGGGGUUGGAGGCGCCGGACGAGGCGGUGGUGGAGCUGGCAGACAUCGCACUGGACUGCCUCAAGAUGCCCGCCUCGCGCCGCCCCAACAUGAAGGAUGUUGCCCGCCGCCUGCAGAACCUCCUCUCGCGCUAUUGCAGUGACGAUGCCAACCAUUCCUCCCUUGCAAAGCCCAGCCUUCGCAUGGUGGGAACUCCACGUGGCGAGAGCAUCAGUCGGGACACGUUUGGGAGGAGUGACUGGUCGGAGGCAACGAGCGGCGCGUCCAAGCUCACCCAUUCGCUGUCGGAGAAGUGGCGGAUGAUUGAGUAG